AUGUACCGGCAAGUCUUGGUACACGAACAACACAGGAAAUUCCAAAGAAUCCUUUUCCGAAAAAGUGGUUCUGAACCUCUGAAAGAGAUUGAACUCAAGACGGUGACGUAUGGAACAUCAGCUGCACCUUUUUUGGCUACUCGAUCAUUGAAUCAGCUUGCUGACGAUGAGAGUGAUGCAUUUCCUAAAGCCAGUGCAGCAGUAAAGAAAUCUUUCUAUAUUGAUAAUAUUCUCACUGGAGCAAAUACGUUGGAUGAAGCUGUUUCCCUCCAGAAAGAUUUGAUUGCAUUGCUCCUUAGAGGCGGCUUUGGCCUACAUAAAUGGUGUGCCAAUCAUCCAAGGCUAUUAGAAGGUAUUCCAACGGAGGCCCAGGAGAAGCAGAUGCACUUUGAAGAUAGUGCCAUCAACGGUGUGAUCAAAACGCUUGGCUUGUAUUGGGUUCCAACCGAAGAUCAAAUCAUGUUUCGUGUCUUGCCGAUGGACGAAGGCUUUAGGAAACCAACGAAGCGGCAAGUGCUCUCGGAGACCGCGAAGAUUUUCGAUCCACUUGGGUUACUCGCGCCAACCGUGGUGAUUCCUAAACUGCUAAUGCAGCAUCUGUGGAAAGACAAACAAGAAUGGGAUGAGCAAAUUCCGGACGAACUUCAGCAUAUCUGGAAUCGUUUCAGAUCUGAACUUCCACAAAUUGGAACUGAAAAAAUUGAUCGACGUGUAACUACCGAUGACGCUGUCAAAUUGCAAUUACAUGGGUUUGCUGACGCAUCCGGUGUAGCAUAUGGUUGCUGCGUUUACAUGAGGAAUGUGAAGGAAGAUGGAUCCGCGGAUAUUAAGUUAAUCUGUGGAAAAUCGAGAGUUGCACCGAUGAAGGAACUUCAACGAAACGUCAAACCGGAAGCGAAACCAGCUGAGAUGACUAUUCCUCGUCUUGAAUUAUGUGCUGCUUUAUUGUUAGCACGGCAGAUGAAGGCCGUAUGUGAUGCGUUGGACAUGAAGUCAGAUCAAGUAGUGCUAGCUAUGGUCCGACUCCAAAAUCGUGCUUUGUUGGCUGCAACGACUGAAGGCAGAAUGUGGCAGAAUGUUCCGAACCAUGUGAUGAAGAUACACCAACUUCAACCAGACGCAAAUUGA